AUAUAACAGAAACUAGGUGAAUUUUCAUCUCAUAAAUGACAAAUGUCUUUGGAAUUAAUUCUCUCCAGGAAUUUCUCUAAAACUCCAAACAUUAAGCAGAGAAUGAAAAUGAAUUCAUGUACAUAAUUUAAUGACCAAUGAUUUGACAUCUAUUUAAAUCAAAUGCAUAUAAUUAGUUCUUUAGUAUUAUUGAUCUUUAUAACAACGAUAAACUCAGAUCCUCAGAAUGACUAUAAUCAAAUUGACCAACCUACGAUAAUUGAUACACUGACUUUUCCACUAGUAUUAGAUGAACAAGAUGCACCACAUGAAUAUCAACAGCCUCCUAUCGUAGAACAUCCUACAUCACAAAAUCUCCACCCACCUGAUCCAUUUACACUGCCACAGAAUGAUCUUCGUCAACCUACUCGUAAAUCUAGAUAUCUUGAAAGACAGAAUGAUAGAAAUGAAUUUAAUUACUCAACAUUUGAAGUUGGUGAAUCUUUGUGUCCAAAUGUUUAUUGUUUUGCUAAGCGUCAGUCACUUACGAAUGAGUUGAUGCUUGACUGUAAACGACAGUUGUCUGAAAUUACCGAUAAAGAUGCAACUAUCGAUUGUCAUGUUUGGCAGGUACCAUCACCAGGUACAGAUACUAGUCAAUCACGUCCAUCUAAACGACAUGGUAAAGGAUAUGAUUUGCGUAUUGUUCUACAACCAUCUACUGUAAGUGCUGAAGAUCUUUCUAAUGGAAAUGGUAUUAAAAGACUACGUAUAGGACAGUUAAAGCCAGGUAUACUGGAGUGGAUUGUUCAAACUGUACGAUCAAGCCUGAAGAUGACAUUGAGUCCAGUUCAUUUGACUAUAUCAUUUAUUUAUUUUAAAAAGCUUGGACGUAAUGAUUUAGGCAAUCUGCCGACUAAAUCACAUGUGACGCAUUUAAGUUUAUGGAAUCCUUUCAAUUGGGAUGAGGAUAGUUUCAUACCUUUUGUUGAUGAAACAUUUGUUUCAUCAAACCAAAUGUCUAGUGCAACAGAAACGCCGCCUUACUUUCGUCUUUCUUUAUUCUGUGAUUAUGAAAAUCAAAAUUCAUCAUUUAAGCGCUUAUGGUUUCCAUGGAAAAGUUGGCAGUUACGGCUUAAUCAUUGUCCUGAUCUUUAUUUCUGUAGAUCAUGGUAUGGUAAACAACCUAUAUGUGAUGCAAAACAAUCUAGUGAUCAGCCUAACUUACCGAUGAAAACAUUUAUGCCAUCCUAUUAUAUAUCACCAAAGUCUGUGCAUAAUACAACGCAAGCAGUUAAACAAGAGACAGGUAUGCAAAUUUUGUACAAUAAUCAAUGUCAGUUUGAAGCUGAUCAGGCAGAUCCUGUAAACGAUUUGAAAUUUGAUCAUGCUGGCCAGUGUUGGAAAACAGACGCAUAUAAAGCUGUUAUUGAUUCUAGUAUUAUUACCACCUCCAUACCAGUGAUAGUUGAAUCAUCAACAUCUCCUACUACCAGUCCAACAACACCUCCCCAGACAACAGAAGAAACCACUGCCACUACUAUACUACAAACAACACCGGAAACUACUGCGUCUACACCUUUGAUAACUACAACUAUCCCUACAACUAUUGAAUCAGUUACACACUCUACAAUACCAAUGAACACAAUUACAAGCCAUAUACAAUCAACUAUUUCCAGUUCAGAUUCUCCAACUGAAAACAAUUUCGAAGUAUUUAUAUCAGAAAAAUAUAACGAUGAUCUGUUAAAUGAGAACACCAACAAUGAACGUGAGAAUAAAGAAGUAGCUUUCAGCGAACAAAUAAAUCACACUACAACAGUUUUUAUUGCUAAAAAUCAAGAAAGCACGGUUAAAGAAACGACGUCACUUGGAUACUUAACAAGUGGAUUAAUUUUACUUGGUAUUGUAAAUAUCAUACUACUUAUAGGCUUUAUAAUCUUAGUUAUAUGGAUCCGCAGAAGGAUUCAAAAAUCCUCAAAAUCUCAUCCAAAUAAAUUAGCCAGUUAUGGUCCCUUUCAUCCGGAUUUCCUAGGUACUGAUGUUAGCGGGAAUAAUGGUUUUUAUGAAACCAGUACCCAUCCCUUAUUGAUAUCAACUAUCUCAGGUACCUAUCUAUCUGGAUCUCAUCCAAAAUUAAAUGUUCGGCAUAAUUCUUUUCCGGAUAAUUCUACAGUGAAUUUGCAAAAUGCUGAUCAAUUUCUGUUGAUCAGUAAUAUAAAUCCUAAAAAUAAAAAUUAUAACUAUGACAACAGUAAUCAAAGUCAACAACACUUGUUAGGUCGAUCAACAUCAUAUUCAAGUAGCAUGUGGAAUGGAUCGUUGAGAAAUGGUUUGAAUAGAAACAAUGAGAAAGCAUCAGCGUCUAACAGGAUUUAUCGGAAUAAUAGUAAAGAUAAAUGGGAUUAUUCAUCGAACGGAUUUGCUGUUGACACUGGUCAGCAAAUCCAGUCGACACCGUAUUCUAGCAGAAAGGAAUAUCAGCCGAUGAAUUCUCAUCCAUAUUAUCAUAAAGGGAUAAAAUAUUCCUCACAAACUUUAUAUCCAUCUGUACCAUCAACAUCUUGCUCCACCUCUGCUAAUGUAUCAGCUGGUAUUCCUCAAAGGGAUAGAGAACGGAGACAGCUUUACGGUUCAAGAAGUCGUCUAUCAAGUGGACAUCCAUCACCAUCAUUGCUUCAUGAAAUUAGACGAUCCCCUUCAUCUAGUUAUCGAAGGCAUAAGAAAAGAUCAAUUUCCACUAGACCUCCAAUCGGUGCAGUGAAUAAGAAACCGCAUACAUUGGUUUUUGAAAAUGAGAAUGGGAAUGAUGCAAAUAAUUGGCCGGAAAAUUUUAAAACAUCUUUACAUGAAUUGUAGUAGAUGCACUUGGAAUUCACUAUUUCAUAUUCUUUUUUUUAAUUCAUGAAGGCAAUACUAUCCCGUGGAGAAAUAUGAAAUUGCGCCAGACAACUUUUAACCAAAGUUUUCAUAGAACACUGAUUAAGAAGUUCAGGAAAAAUGUUCUUAUAAAAUUUCUUCACAAUUAUAUUAUUCAGCUUAUUCUUUCACCUUGUACCAUGACCAUUCCUGAGUAUUCUUUCAUUCAUCCACAGUUAUAUCAGCAAAUUGUUCAUCUAUCUCCCAACCAAUCAGUUGAUUCGAAGCGAAUUCAAAAUAUCAAAAAAAUCAAACUCCUUUCAAUUAGCCAUAUACAGUGAAGUAGGAAAGCGGUGUGAUGAAUGGAUUAUAGUGCUUAUAUAUUUCUUUUGUUCAGGUUUAAACAAACACUGUGUUAAGUGUUAUUGUUUAGUUGACUUUUAUUACCCCCUCUCUUUAAAAGAUAAUUCCAGAAGUAGACUUUUCUUAAUUGUUGACUACCACACACAUCCAUACACCCAAACACACUCAGCUGCAUCCCUCGAAAUCUAGAAAUAUUUACUGACUUUUUUUUUCUAAAAUGUUUAUCUGAACUGAUGCUUUACAAUCAUGUUUAUUCAUACAUAUAUACAAACAUGCAAACAAACAAACAACGCUUCUUCAUAUGCUCAGUGUUCAAUUGCUUUUAAUUUUCACUUCUGUAUAUUCUUCAUUUAGGAU